UGCGACGACCAGACGGUCCUCUGUGCUCAUAAUUAUGCGUCCUCGUUGUCUGCACGAUUGUAUUUACUUAACGUGGUUAAAUAACUGUUCGUCGUAGAGCUUUCUCGUAGAUUUCGUUGAUACGGAGAUGCGAACUGCGGAUCGUACAUAUCGUGCCGCGACCAACUUUUAUUUACAAGCAGACUAAGUUGACGAGCAUAAACAUGGCCGUCGCGUUUUGUGAUGAUUACUCGUGCCAGUUUGAAUUCAAGGAAGUCCUGCGGGAAUGGAAAUAAUGGACGGAACGCAUGCAUCCGAGAUAUCCAGGCUGUUGUCUGGGUGAGCAAUGAAUGUAUUCCGAAUUUUGACACCGUGUGUAUUACAACGUAGACGAUCAAAGGAGGUUGAUAAUUCCGAUAAAAGGGAUUGCUGGUUCGUGAAAAGACGGCGUGGAGAUGCUUCCUACAUGAUACAUAGAAUGGGUGCUUCUGCAUCGUCAAGCAUCACCAGUGUAGGUGGAGAUUCGGUCCAAGCAGCUAGACUUUCAUCCUCUGGUAAUCCUCCUGAUCAACAUGGCAUUGCUAUCAGGGAAAAGAAGAAGAAAAUGACGGGGUUCGCAACGUUACGGAAGAAAUUCAUCCGGAGGCGCCGGUCUUCGAAGGCCUGCGACCACGGUAGGAUAAUCCGAGAUUUGGUCUCAACAUGGAGCCACUUAGAGGCAACGGCGCUUUUGGAGGAGUACGAAGCGCUCGCUGCAUUAAAGGAUCUCCAUGUCCAAGCCGAAUUAGCUAGACCACCGGCUGCCACAUACAAACAAGAUUUGUCGAUGUUGUACGACUACAAACAUUGUUCUGAUGUGGAUCUCGUCUACCGUGGAGCGUGCUUCCCCGUUCACAGAGCCCUAUUGUCGGCGCGUUGCGCAUACUUUAGGGAUUUGCUGGCUGGAUGUCCCGGAUACGGUGCUAGGAUAUGCUUGGAGCUGAGAACACCGAAUCUCGAGGUACAAAUGUUUUCGGCAUUACUGCGAUAUCUCUACACUGGUGAUAUUUGUCCACACGAUGCGGCUCUCGAGGCGAAUCUGUUGCGACGGCUGAGCGAGGAAUUCGGCACGCCGAAUCCAUUGGAACACGAUCUCAGAUACCUGCUCGUCACCGGUGAUUACGCGGACGCAGCAUUAGUGUUCACGUCGGAUAGUGAUUACCAGAGACCAGAUAGUGGAAGUUCAGAAUACGGAUUCCGGCCAAAGUUAGAACUGCCAUGUCAUAAAGCGAUACUUUCUGCGAGAUCCCCGUUCUUCAGGAACUUAAUACAAAGACGGACUAGAUCGGGGGAAGAUCACACAGAAAGAGCGCUUCAUAUACCUACUAGAAUAGUUUUGGAUGAGAGUGUAAUACCCAAACGAUACGCCAGAGUAUUAUUACAAGCAGUGUAUUUAGAUACAGUUGAUUUAUCGUUAAUUAUGAGAGGUAAUGGUUGCGGGAACAGCGCUGGUAGUCUUGGAGAGGUUCAGGCUCUUACUCAUACUGGACGUGUUCGACCAAGUCCCUUAGAAGAAGCAAUGGAAUUGUACCAAAUUGGGCGAUUUUUGGAGCUAGAUAUAUUGUCACAGGGUUGUGAAGAUCUUAUUUUAGAAUACCUUACAUUGGAGUCGCUUCCAAUCGUUUUGAAAUGGGGCAGUCAACCUCACGGUUCUGCAUGGGUACACAGGCAAGCGUUGCAUUAUUUGAGAGAGGAAUUCCAGCCAGUCGCUUCUUCCUCUAUUCUCCAUCAAUUGGAUCACGCACAUUUGGCGAACGUUUUGCAGAGCCAUUUUUUGCAAGCAAGUGAACUUGAAAUACUGCAGGCAGUACUCAAGUGGGGGGAACAAGAAUUGGUGCGUCGUAUGGAGGACCGGGAACCAAAUUUGCUCAGUCAUACGGUGCACUCUGUGACCAGGAAGGGAUUGAAGAAAAGAGAUCUAAGUGACAUAGAGCUGCGAGAGAUACUUAGUGCACUUUUGCCGCUUGUCAGAAUGGAUCACAUAUUGCCCCCUAAUAGCGAAGCAUUAGCUCAGGCUAUUAGAAGAGGAUUAGUUUCGACUCCACCGAGUCACAUGAUAGGGGAUGAAAGGGAAAAUUUACGGAUGAAUGCUUGGAUAAGGGGAGGGAAGAAAAAUGGAUUCUUUGUGAGACCACGUCUGUUCAUGCCUUAUUACGAGGAAAUAAAGUCUUUAGUUGAGGAACAAAUGGUCCAAGAAGCAGAUUUAGUGAGAUUGCGAAGGCCACGGUACGUGGCUGAUAUUCCAGAUGCCUUGUACAUGGUUGAUGAGAAACCGAGACCAAUGGGUACAGCUGGCGUGGAUGUUCUUGCUGCAGCGUUUCCAGUUCCAGAUUCCGCGACCUUGGCAGCUAUGAUGAAGCGAGAACAGAAGUUAAGGCAGUCCCCAAGUUGUCAAAGAGCGAUUAGUUUGCCGCUCUCGUCCCGCCACGAAAUUAACAGGCAAGUUCGACUACGCGUCGUGAGGGAGUUCAACUUACCUGACACGGUUGCGGAUCUGCUGGAGAACACAGCCGCGUACAAUGUGAAGGAGCAAAACGAGAGGCUGACUGAUAUCGAAGACAUGGAUUCUCCUGGUAUGGGGAUCAACGCGAGAACCGUUCCGCCAUUAUGCUACGGAAGAAACAUGACAUUCCCGCGGCCAGCCUCAUCUUGCACACACAGACACGAGCUUCCGGCUAUAGUCACCGAGGGUGAAAGCUGUAGACUCCUCGCGGAGCAACAAGAGAACAAUUCGUGUAGUGAUGGCCAACUGUCGGGUGUGAUGCCGGAUGUGGCGAUGGCGACAGCCUCCUUCGGAGCGUUGCAGCUGAUAGAGGAACAAGAGCUAGAGCUGGAUCUAGGAGAUGGAACCUCUCAUCUUCUGCAACACGUCUCACCGUCGAGUGGGACGAUGGGCUCGCACAGAUCCUCACUUCCUCAUCCACAUCAGAGGCACUACUCUGGCCCGCCUCCUCCACCGUACAUGUACCACCGAGCUGGCACUGCCUUACCAAGAUUUAUUUAA